CCCCAGUGACCUGGGAUACGCCCGGCUUCGAGGAGGGAUUCGCCGUCAGUGGAGGCGCCAGAUCCCCAUCACCUGCGCUCAGCGACCGAGCUUGGCCUCUCCGCCGGCGCGUCUCCUCCGAUCGUCUCAGCGGCCCAUUGACGCCGAUCGGCACGCGAACGAACGAAGCCAGCGGAGGUGUUCGAGCGACCUGCUGCUACCUCGUCCCGUCGGCGUCUGAAAGAAAACGACGCAGACCGGGCGGCCCACGCGCUUCUUCCAAGGCAUCUCCGGUACGCCGGCGACGACGAAGUGAGUCGGCGAUUCCGCGUUGAUCUCGGCCCACAGCUGAGCCCUUCUCGAAGCCAUGGAUCUCGGAGGCCGGCGCACGUUUGAGCUCUUGCUGCACCUCGCACUGGCCGGAUUCGCCUACACCUACUUCAACGGCGCCGACAACUCGCUGUACACGCUGGACGGGCUGGGCCUGCCGCUGGUGCUGCCCGGCAGGUACCCAUCGAGUCGCAGCCACGCCAGAAACGUGGCCAAGUUCUACGGUCACCCCGUUCUGCCGAGGACGUCGUGGAUGACCGAGAGCUCGUACAGGUCAGAGGCCGUCUGCCGUCCGCGGCAGCUGUCGCUGUGCAACGACGUGCUGCCGUACAACUCGACGCUGCUGCCGAACCUGGUGGGCGACCGGGACCGCGUGUCCCUGGACCGGACGCUGCUCUUCUUCGCGCUCAUGCUCAAGACCGAGUGCAACCCGCGGCUCAAGCAGCUGCUCUGCUCUUUGCUCGAGCCGCCCUGCCGCGCUGGGAGGACGCUGCUGCCGUGUCGCAAGUUCUGCAAAGUGGCGACGGAGAACUGCCAGAAGCUGAUCCCAGCGACGCUGGCGCUGUCUCGAGUGUUCGACUGCCGUCGCUACCCGGACUCGGACAGCCCGGGAGUUUGCCUCAACCUGGCCAGAAGCGCCUCGUGCAUGCGCCAGGAGCACCAGUGUCCUGACCUGACGUGCAUCCCGAAGCAGUGGCGGUGCGACGGCGUCCGGGACUGCCCGCUGGCCGCCGACGAGGCAAACUGCACCGGCCGGGGCGCGUCGAAGGUGUGCAGUCACGAGGAGUUCCGCUGCGACUACCGCUGCAUCCCCAACACGUGGCGCUGCGACGGUGAACCGGACUGCCAGGAUGCCGCCGACGAGAGGCACUGCCCACCGAAGCCAGUGUGCGGCACAGGCCGGUUCCAGUGCCGGGACGGGUCCGGAUGCUUCCCGCAGCGCUGGGUGUGCGACGGAAAAGCCGAAUGCCGGGACGGCAGCGACGAGCAGGACUGCGCCAACAGGAAAUGCACGGCCGGCGACUUCCGGUGCGACAACGGCAUCUGCGUGCCCUCGCUGUGGCGCUGCGACGGACACAACGACUGCCGCGACGGGAGCGACGAACGUCACUGCGGCACUUACGUCAAAGUGAACGGCCGACCGAACACCAAACACUGAAGCUGGGCAACCAAAGAACAUCGCGUAUCAAGCAGCGGCCAACAGAAACAAUUCUUGAGCGAGAAGCAAGUGCACCUGCUCGUGGGCCGGACAACAGAGGCCAA